GUACUAUGAGUAGAAAACUAGAAAACUUGUUUACUUGUGUGUGUGUUGUACAAAGUAAUAAGUAACUUCGUUUUAUGUUUUUAUUGAAAUAAUUUAGAGUUACUCCACUCAAAUACCCAUCCACCUACUUUUUAAAGUGUCAGGAUGGAUCAGCUUCGCUUCGACGGUCGUGUGGCGGUGGUGACGGGCGCGGGCGGCGGGCUCGGCAAGGCCUACGCCCUGCUGCUGGGCUCGCGAGGCGCCAAGGUGGUCGUCAAUGAUCUCGGAGGCGCCCGGGAUGGCGCUGGCAAAUCUGCUAACUUCGCCGAUGCUGUUGUUAAGGAAAUUCAGGACAAAGGUGGAGUUGCUGUGGCAGACUAUAACUCAGUAGUUGAAGGUGAAAAAAUCAUCAAAACAGCUUUAGAUAACUUUGGCCGAAUUGAUAUCCUUAUCAACAAUGCUGGUAUCCUUCGUGAUAGAAGUUUUGCCAAGAUAUCUGAGCAGGACUGGGACCUGAUCCAAGCGGUGCACGUGAAGGGUGCGUUCAAGACCACUCAGGCGGCGUGGGAGACCUUCAAGAAGCAGAAGUACGGCCGCGUCGUCAUGACCUCCAGCAAUGCGGGGCUGUUUGGGAACUUCGGACAGGCCAACUACAGUGCCGCAAAGAUGGGUCUGGUAGGCCUAAUGAACACCCUCUCCAUCGAGGGCGCCAAGUACAAUGUGAAGGUGAACACGAUCGUGCCCACGGCCGCGUCGCGCCUCACCGAGGACAUCCUGCCUCCGGAGAUGUUCGACGCAAUGAAGCCCGACCUCAUCGCUCCCGUUGUGGCAUACAUGGUGCACGAGUCGUUCCCGGACUCGGGCAACAUCAUCGACUCCACGCUAGGGUUUGCCACCAAGACGCACCUCGUGCGCGGCGACGGCGCUCCACUCAGAAGCAAACCCUCCGACCCGGUGACCAUAGAGUCGGUGAAGCAGCACUGGGCGGACGCGGUCAACAUGACCGGCGCCAAGCACGUCGAGAAACUCACUGAUGUCACGCUCGACUUGGUGCAGAAGCUGCAGGACUUCGAUGAGAGGGUGAAGUUGGACGCGAAGGUGGGCCGCGAGUCGUACUGGACCACCUACAACUACAAUGCCAAGGACCUCUUCACGUACGCACUCGGAGUCGGCGCAUCCGUGCGCAACCCCACCGACCUGCGCUUCUUAUACGAGUCGCACGAGCAGUUCGCGGCGCUGCCCACGUUCUUCAUCCUCGCGGGCAUGUGCCUGCAGGCGCCCGUGCUGCCCGCCGCCAUGCCGCCCGGCAAGCACGCCGACUUCACCAACAUCCUGCACGGCGAGCAGUACCUAGAGUUCGUGGGCGACUACCCGGGCACGGACGGCGAGUUCACGACGCGCACGUACGUGGCCGACGUGCUGGACAAGGGAACCGCGGCCAUCGGGAUUGUUAACAGCGAAGUCUACCAAGACCGUCAGCUGGUCUACCGCACGCAACAGCACAUAUUCGUGGUGGGGCAGGGCGGGUUCGGCGGGCCGCGCGCCUCCGCCGCCGCCGUCCCCGUGCAGCCCGUGCCCAAGAGGAAGCCUGAUGCUGUGGUGGAACAGACCACUGCUGAGGACCAGGCUGCUAUCUACAGGUUGUCCGGAGACCUGAACCCGCUGCACAUCGACCCCUCCGUGGCGGGCGCCAUGGGUCACCCCAAGCCCAUCCUGCACGGACUCUCCUCGCUAGGGUUCUCCGCACGGCAUGUGCUGGCCAAAUACGGCGGCAACGACCCCCAGAACGUGCGCGCUGUCAAGGCUCGCUUCAACAAGACGGUCCUCCCUGGGCAGACGCUCGUCACCGAGAUGUGGCUCGAGGGCAAGCGAGUGCACUUCCAGACCAAGAUCAAGGAGAACGGAAACGCCGCUAUUGGUGGCGCCUACGUGGACCUCAAGAACGUAGUGACAUCGGGCACGGCCGCGCCCGCCGCCGAGCCCGUCUCAUCAGGCGCCUCACUCAAGAGCGACGCCAUCUUCAAGAAGAUCCAGGACGCCAUCAAGGACAACCCCGCCAAGGCCAAGGCCAUCAACGCGGUCUACCAGUACAACAUUACUGAGAACGGAAAAACUGUUAAACAAUGGACUCUUGACCUCAAGACCCCCGCGGCCUACGAAGGAGCACCAAAGUCCGGCAAAGCCGACACGACCAUGACAGUAGGAGACUCAGUGCUAGUUGACAUUGCAGCCGGCACCCUAAAGCCACAAGUGGCCUACUUGAAUGGGAAACUGAAGAUCAGUGGCAACCUUAUGCUGGCUCAGAAGCUAGGGCCCCUGCUCCAGAGCGAGUCCAAACUGUAAGAAAUACUGUGAUCAUGAAAUGGAAAUGUGGGACCUUGUUUAUAAGCAAAAUUAUACCACCCAGUAGAUACCUAUGAGCUGCUCAUUGCAUCAAGAGUGUGUUUGCACUAUGCACUAGUAGGCUAACAAUGACUGGUCUUUAUUUAGUAACUUUAUUAUUGGUCGCAUUUGAUUGGUGCAUACCAAAACAAUAAAAACACUAUGGUGAUGCCAUCUAUUACCACUUUCUGUUGUUUUAAUAAGUUGAGAGAUUUCUCUUAUUCCAAAUAGCUUUUACUAAAAAAUUACUAAGUUUUAUUAAACUCAUUUAUUGCUGAAAUGUUAGUAUUGUAGAGUUAAUUGCAAUAUUAUUUUUAUUUUGGUUGGGUGCAUAUUUAUACUAUAAAAUUAUUAUGAAUGUUAAGUUUAAAUUGUAUAUUAAUUAAGGAGUUAUUUGUAGGUGAAGGAAUAUACAGAUUUUUACACAAA